AGAUCCUUGGUUAUUAUUUUAAGAGGUGGUAGAUAUUUUGAUGAAAAUGGAAAUAAAUGUGGCGAAUGGAUAGAAUUACACAAUAUUUUUUCAAAGUUAUUUUGUUAAUAUGUUUAUUUGUCAUUACUAGGUAAUUAAAAGAGGAGUAUAUUACUUGGGGAAAAAAGAUUGGAACACUUUUUAAAGAAUGGGUUAUGUUAAUUUGAUAAUUUAGUGCAUAUAAUUUUAAUGGGAAAUGGAUAGAGUUUGUGUGAAAAUUUUUAAGCGUAUGACAAAAUCUAUUGUAAUAGAUCAAAUGAAUUCACUUACUAAGGGAAAUAUAAUUGGCAAAAAAUAUGUGAAUUUGGAUGUUGCUUUUCGAUCAACUGAAAAGACUACCUAUGAAAUUCAAUAAUUAAUAUUAUAAAUAAUGUAGGGGAUGAGGAUGUUAUGAUUAUCAUGGUUUAAAAUAAGUUCAAUUGAUA